AUGGCGUCUGGCUUCAACAUUCAGGAGCUGCCUCCUGACCCGCGCAUCGUCGCCGGACUGAGGUACCGCGGCGCUCUUUACUACGUCGCCCAGGCAGCCAUCCACACGUUCCAGGUGUACUUCGUGCUGCGUCUGGUCCUGCUUCUCACCUCGCCCGCGCAGACAUGGCAGAUGUGGCUGACGCUGGCCAUCGAGGGCAUCUUCGCGCUGCUGUCGCGACAAGACCAGCUGCUGAUAGCGGCGUCCGGGCGCGCGCCGCGCAACUCAGCCCGCGCGCGGCUGCGACUGCACGGCGACGCGGACCUGCCGGUGGUGGAGGUGCUGCUGCCGUGCUGCGGCGAGCCGGUGGAAGUGAUUCUCGAUACGGUGCGCGCGGCGUGCACGCUGGACUAUCCGAUGUCGCAGUUCCGCGUGCGGGUGCUGGACGACGGCGGGUCUGCGGCGCUGCGUGCGGCGGUGACGGGGCUGCAGGCUGAAUGGCCGCAUUUGUCGUACCACUCGCGCGGGCGGCAGAGCGGGCAGGUGUUCGCCAAGUCGGGCAACCUGAACUACGCGCUGCUAACGCUGCAGGAGAAGACGCGGCCGGAGUUCUGCGCGAUCUUCGACGCGGACUCGAUCGCGGCGCCCGAGUUCUUGCGCGCCACGCUGCCGCACCUGUUGGCCAACCCGGAGGCGGUGCUGGUGACCACGCGCCAGUACUUCUACAACCUGCCGACGGGCGACCCGUUCUCGCAGUCGCGGCUGCACUUCUACACGUGCCAGAACGCCGAGCUGGACCGGCAGGGCUGCGCCAUCGACGCCGGGUCCGGCGCGCUGUUCCGCCGCCAGCCCGUCGUCGACGCCGGCGGCUACCCGACCUAUUCGUUCUCCGAGGACUGGCAGCUGUCGCUGGUUCUGCGUGGCCUGGGCCACGAGACCGUCCAGGUGCAGGAGCCGCUGCAGUUCGGCCUCGUGCCCACCUCGCUGGCCGGCCACGUCGCCCAGCAGAACCGCUGGCACAUCGGCCACACGCAGCAGACCCGCGUGCUGCGCGCCCCCACAAACGCCACCAUGUCCGCGCGCAUGCAGUGGGCCAUCGUGCUCAACGGCCUCGGCAUCACCGGCCGUCUCGUCGGCCUGCUGGCCAUCUUCGUCGCCGUGCCCGCCCUGCUGCUCAACCCCGGCUCCCUCAUCCCCACCCACGCCUACGUCCGCCUCCAGCUCGCCCUCGCCCUGCUCCACGUUGCCCUCGCCUGGCUCUUCGCCUGUCUCCAGUCCGCGCACACCGAUUUCCAGACCGCCCCCUUCGCCCACCUCGAAAAUACCUGGCUCGCCCCCUGCCAUAUAUGGAGUAUCCUGCGCUUCCAUUUGAUUACCCCCAAACCCAAGAACAGAUCCUUCAUAACAGGGGCCGAAACCAACACGACCACCCGCACGGCCCAGAAAUGGCACGCAAGCAUGGCGCCCAGCCUCGCGCUCCUCACCACCACCCUCGUCGCAUUGUGUUACGGCGUGACCUCCGCAUUCAAAAACCCAGAGGGGAAGGUCUUGACGGGGAUGGUUUAUCCCCCGCUGCUGCAUAUCACGUACCUCGUUGUGCUGAGUUUGGCGGAGCCUGUUCUUCAUCUUGUAUAUCCCCCCUUGUUUCCGGAGCGGAAGGCUGGGUUGGAAGUCCUCGACAAGGGGGAUGGGAAGGGAGCAGGGAUGGUGCAGCCGUGUGCUGCGGUAAGGGAGGGGUGUCUCGAUGGUGGAUGGGGGAGGGGGAUGGGUUGCGCUGUUUACUAG